CUCUGCUGUGACAUUGCCUGCUUAUUGUAUCUUACUUCCUCUUUCCUAAGUAGAAGUGAAAGAGAGGGAGCAAAGCUGUUCGUCUGUGCCUUCAAAAUCCUACAGUGAUGUAUUACCAGGUGAAAUCCUUUACAAGGAAGCCCCCACCAAUAUACUAAGGAUGCUGAUGAGGACAUUCUGCCAGUAAGACGUUUGUCUCAGUUUGCAAUGUAUAGAUUUCAACACAAUUCAGCCAUCAAGUUAUAUAUUCAGGUCAGUGAUGAAAAACUACCCUAAUUGUAGCCUGGAAGAAGUCAGUACGAGCACUGACAUAAUGUCAAGGCACAGCUAAUUUUAGCUCCCAUGCUUUGCUGUCUCCUUAUUGUGACCCACAACAGGAGAAUCUCCAUGUUGCAGAAGCACCUAGAGCCCAACUACAAGGAUAUGCUGAAGUUCUUGUCUUGUAAGAUUUGAUGAAAUCAGUCAAUGUACUGCAAUGAACCAUUAUCAACAAGGAUGUACAGGACCGACAGUUUUCUUAACUGGAGACAUAGCUUCACUCCUUGUGAAAUGACCUCAACCUGAGGGCCCCAAAGCUGAAAAAAAGGUGAAAUCAAAGCUGAGCAUGGCUAUGAACAGAAUAUUCAAGUGUUUUAUCAUCUUCCUUAUAUUGGCAUGCAUUGCAGGGAUAUCUGUGUUCUUCAAAUUGUCACUAAGAUUCAACUUCUCAACUAUUCAUUUCAAUAUUCCAUCAAAAAUAUGUCUACCAGUAAAUAACAAUUAUGAAAGCAACAGAAGUAACUCUGUAAUUAAGGCAGACAACCAGUUACAAAAUGUCAAAAAAUAUACGGGUAUGUGGACAGUAGGUACCAAUGGGAGACUUGGUAACCAGAUGGGAGCAUUUUCAUCUUUGCUUGGAUUGGCAAAUAUUAAUGGACAUCAGCCAUAUAUAGAACAGCAUAUGUAUAACUAUUUGGCACCUUAUUUCCAGAUUACUGUUCCUCUCAUUCAUAAUGAAGUGGCCAACAAAAUAAAAUGGAAACAUUACUGGCUUCAUGACUGGAUUUCUCCAGAGCACAAAAAGAUUGAGGGGGAAUUUGUCAAGUUCUCUGGCUAUCCAAACUCCUGGACAUUUUACCAUCAUAUUAGAGAUGAAAUCAGGAAGCAAUUCACUGUUCAUGAAUUCAUCAGAGAGGAUGUCAAUAGCUACCUUCAGAAGAUCAAAGGUAUGCGUAAAAAUGUGACUUACAUUGGGGUCCAUGUUCGUAGAGGGGAUUAUGUACAUGUCAUGCCAAACACUUGGAAGGGUGUGGUUGCUGAUCGUGACUACCUGGAGAAGGCAAUGAAGUAUUUUAGAGACAAAUAUCAAGAGCCUGUCUUUGUGAUAACAAGUGAUGGUCUGGACUGGUGUAAAAGCAACUUGGAUAACUCCAGAGGUGAUAUUUACUUUCCAGGAGAUGUUACAUCAAGCACUCCAGCAGUAGAUUUGGCAAUGCUUAUUCACUGCAAUCACACCAUCAUGACCAUUGGAACAUUUGGGUUUUGGGCUGGGUACUUAACAGGUGGAGAAGUCAUCUACCUUGAUAAGUACGUACUUCCUAAUUCUCCAUUCCUGAAUGUCUUCAAGUAUGAAGCCUUUUAUCUUCCUGAAUGGAUAGGCAUCCCUGCUAAUUUGUCAACACUUCAAAAGGCAGAAUAACAGAAACACUAAAAUAUGUGUCUGUCCUCAAGAUAAUGACAGUAGCAUAUAAAUGAACACUCCACAUGCUGCAUAUUUUUGUUUUAAAAAUCCUUAGGUAUUUAUUUGGUCUUACUUUUUCUAAGGGGUAAACGAUUAAUCCUCCAGCCAAUAUACAGACUACUAAGAGGAAGCUGGUUAUCUAAAAUAUGAAAAAUAAAUAUUUUUGUAAACAAUAAGAUGUGAUAAAAUGUACAAUUAUGUUUUUUGGGCAUGUUAUUCAGGACAAUCACACUUUCAAAACAUUUUAUGUUAGCAUUUACACUUGUUUGACUGCAAAAGUCAGAACAAAUGUCUUUUUAAAAGUAUGACAUAAUGGUUGACUCAGAUCAUUUCAGGUCUAUAGUAAUAUUUCACUCCAUCACUUACACUGGUGAAUGAAUGAAUGAUUGCUCACAUAAAAAAAAGUCUAUCUCCACACACACACACACACACACACACACACA